UGAUUCAGAUUCCACAACUGGGGUUUUAAGUGGAGAAUCCUGUUUCAAUGGGCAUGACCGAUGUCUGCAACACAAAAACAUCGGAAGCUUGAGUUACAGAGAAAAUAGAGAAUGAAAUCAGACAGAACCCAUUAAAAAUCACAGGUAAAGUCACAAUCUAAGCCAGAUAACUCCCCGUUGUGCACGCAUAUAUGUACAUGUAUGUAUCUGUGUCUUCCGGCACCGCGGAAGAAGGAUUAUGCGAAACCCUAGAUUGACGUCUCUUCUCAAAUGGGUUUCGAGAAUUUCUGCGGAAAACCAGCUUAAACCCCAUAAAACCCUAGAUUCAGGAUCUGGGUUUCGCUGUGUUGCUCAAAACCCUAGGUUUUUCGCCACUAGGAGAGCCUCUGAAUCCGGAGAGAUUGAUAGUGGUAUCCGAAUUAAGCCCUCUGUUCGUAAAAAAGCCGAGGCUGCCUUGUUAGAUUACUUCUAUGUCACUAGGGGUUUUCCGCUUAUGGUUGCUGAGAGUAUGAGCAAAACCGCUCCUGCAUUUCUAGAGAAUCCUCUGAAGAAGAUCAAUGCUGGUGCUGAUAUAGCUGAUAUUGCGAAAUCCAUCUCCAGAUACUUGUGGUUUCACCCGAUAAACGAGUUCGAGCCUUUCUUUGAGAGCUUAGGCUUGAAGCAGUCUGAGUACCACAAUCUGCUUCCCGGUGAUAACAUUCUCUUGAAUGAAGAUGAUCUAUUGUUAGAGAAUCACCAUAUUUUGUGUAACUAUGGGAUUGCCCACGAGAAGAUCGGGAAGAUUUACAAGGAAGCUACCGAAGUUUUCGGGUACAAGAACGGAGCUUUAGCAUCUAAGAUUGGAGCUUAUGAGGAUCUGGGGCUUAGCAAAACAUGUGUAUCCAAACUUAUCAUGUGUAGUCCAAGGAUCUUGAUCGGGGAUAGGAGUGUAGAACUUGCUAAUGUUUUAGAGAUUCUGAAAUCCGUCGGGUUUGACGACAGUUGGUUAGAGGAGAGCUUGUUGGAGGAUGAAUCAUAUGAUUGGUGUAUCAUGCUUCGGACUAUAAACUUGCUUAGAGAUAUCGGUUUCGACAAAGAUGAGCUGUGUGGGUUAAUCAGGAAGCAUCCAAGACUCGUUUUUGAGAGUUCAGGUGAUUGGACACUGAUACUGGUAGGGUUUCAGACCAAACUCGGGUCAUCUAAAACUGAGAUUCAAUCUUUCUUUCAGACUCUGUCCCAGAUUGAGGUAGGGAAAUUCGUUUCAAAUCUAAGGCGUUGCUUUCUGUUACUAAGCGAGAUUGAGAUGAAGACCGAUGAGAUCUGUAAGAUUUUUCGUACUCACUCCUGGUGGCUUGGUACCUGCAUUUUGAAGAGAAGUCAGACCUUGAUCAGUAACUUGAAUGCGGGAAAAAGACGAAUUUGUCAAAUUAUCCUACAAAACCCGGAGGAAAUGAAGAAAUGGACUCUGCGGUCAAAACUCCAGCGGCUACCUUGCCCCGAGGAGAAGAUCAAGUCGAAAAUGAUGAAGAUUCAGUUCUUAUUGGACAUCCGAUACGUAGAGGACUUGAAAGACAUGGACAGAGCAUUCAAGAAAUUCUGGGGCAGGGGAUCAGAACUCCGAAAGCGGUAUGAUUUCAUCAUGAGUUUGGGUCUGAACGAGAAGGAUGUCAGAAAAAUGGUUAAAACACGACCUCAGAUUCUCAACCGAGGGACUGACUUCGUCCAGGCAAAGGUGGAUUACCUCGUGAAGGAACUAGGUUAUCCGCUGUCUUCUCUGGUGGAUUUCCCGUCAUAUCUUGUUAUGAGCCUCGAGCUGAUCAAGCUCAGAUUCUCCAUGUACUCUUGGCUCAAAGACAAAGGAAAGGCGGACCUGAAGUUAGCCAUGGGCACCAUACUCGGUUGCUCGGAGAAAAUUUUUGUGAAGAGAUUCGUGACCCGACACCCAGAAGGGCCUAAAAAAUGGGCGGAUUUGAAGAAGCGGAUUCAAUCUCGAGUAGAUGAACAUCAUGAGGAUACCAAUCAGAAUCAAGAGAACAUCCAGAAGUAAAAGCUUCUCUCAUGGAUUUGGCCUAUUUCCUGCAUAUACUAAGGCAGGUCUCAGUUGCAGAACUUCAAUUAACCCUCAAACAGUUUCAGUGAGGAAAACCUACUUGCAGAGGGGUCCUCUUGGUUCUGUUUACAGAACAAAGUUGCUAAACGGUCAAUUCACUGCUGUGAACAACAUGCUAAUAAUGAGGAACAACUCAUUGAAGUGCUUCAGACAGCAUCAAAACUGUGACACCCAAAACAUUGCAACGCUGUUGGGUUUCUGCUGCAUUGAGGAAUGAAAUGGUCAUCGAGAUAUCCGCCAGCACUGGGAGAAUACUGCUGAAGAACCACGGGGGCAACUGCUUAGUAUCUUCAUUGCUCAGUUCUACCAGUCGCUGGUUCAAAAAUGCUUUGAUCUGACACCCGACAAAAGGAGUUAUCACCGGGAUCAAGCCAUCCAUAGCAAAAACAACUACAAGGAAGGAAAUUCAACAAUACCUCAUGCAAAUCAUCAAGAAUCUUGUUCCUAUACUCUGUAUCCAGCAACUGGCUCCUCUCUGUCUGGAUUUGAGUUGUGGCAUCCAUCACAUGUGUCCGAAUUUGCAGGUCCGGUCCUGGUAAACCCGGAUCAUCUAUUACUUCAACCUGAGGUGUUUCGAUGCUUAUGUUCCAUGAAACACUUCUGUAGCCACAAGAACAUUUAGCGAUGGAGGGUUUUCGCGAA